AUGAACUUUAUUCAGCAUUCUACAAGCUUUAAACUUUUCAAUAAAAAGCUAACUAAACGUCCUGAAAAUAUAGUCCCACGUAUAUUUUCAACAUAUUCUUGAAACCCGAAAGGACCAAAUUUCCCACUUUAUCGUAAAUACCAACCUUUAAGGUAUAAACAUUGGAAAGUAACUCAGAAUAAUGUAUGACGUCUUUGGCAUGAAUUCUUACAAACACUAUAUAACUUCCAACAAUGGACUAAACACUCCAAACACUCCAUUGCGGUUGUUCAAAGCGGUUAAAAAUAUGUUAGGAGCUGGGAAAAAACUGCACUGGAGCGGCGACGAACUGUAACGUGAAAUCCGGCUGCCGAAGGGCGAAAAAUGACCGCUUGGAAAUGGCAAGCGAAAAAACUGACCCGAAAAGGCUUACACGUCCUUUAGAUGCUAUCAAAUAUAUUACAAUAAAUUACUCGACUAACACGCCAAAAUAUAUUCCGCACGCACGACGAACUAACGUACAAAAAUCCCAAAGGGAAAACAAAAGACACUAAUAAACGGGUGUUUAGUUCUUUACACACUAUAUGCACAAAGUAACGUACCGGAUUGGUCUGAGAAACUUCAAGCUGUUAUUCAAAAUCAGGAAGAGCCAGAUAUUGAGCUUGUUCAGUUAGAUGCAAACAUGCGUGAGGAAUGGAUGAUAUUAUCAGACCUUAGAACCUCCUUUGACAAUUCGUCAGAUGAAACUUCCUCAUCAUCAAAUUACUGGCAUAGAGACAGAGCUACGUACUCUGAACAACAAAUUGAUGAGAUGCCUACGUGGGUAAAAACAAAGAAAGAGUAA